CACUCAUAACUUCCAAAUUAUUACUCAGCUAAGCUCUUCUUUGAAUAGAAAGGAAGAAAAACCUGAAGAAAACUCUACCCUCUUUGUUUAAGGAUUAACCUGCUCAUUUCUUCCCAAGAUUUUUCUUUCAAAAUGAAGCCCUCUUUUGUGGUCUCUCUUCUGCUUUUGUCACUCCUCCUUGCAAAAACUCAAGGGAUUCGUCUAGGGAAAGUGUCUUCAGCAGUUCAGCAACAGAAACAACAUGAUGGAGAAAGUACUUUGUUGAAAAGAAGUAGCACUGAUACUGAGGAAGCUUCUCUCUGCAAAGACAACGCAUGCACAGGAAACAUAAAGAAUAGGAAACUCGUUAACACUCCCGUUUCCACAGCCCAAUCCCUCUCCAAGGUUGGUGUUAGAGGAAAAAAAAAAUCAAAUUAUACCAUAUAUUAUAUUAAUGUGGAAGAGUCCAAGGUUGACCCCUCGGUAAAUGGCAAUACUAGAAAUGUGAAUACAUUGAGCACUUCGAAGCACAAAGAUGUCCCUGAGGAGCACUACCAUGACCUUGUAGAGAUAACUGAGAUGGACUAUUCUCCAGCAAAGAGAAAGCCUCCCAUACACAACUGAGUCUAGGGAUGAUCAACUAGAAAAAAAACUAACAAAGUUCCGUAUAUUAGGAUAAUAAAAUAAUAAUAGACAGAGAUGUUGGACAGCAUUGCAGAAAAUGCUGCAGUUUUUUUGGCCUAUGAAUGAUUUGUACAUUAUUAUCCAAUCACACCUUUUUUAUUGAUUAUGAUAUAUAUUUUAAAAAUAUACUAUCUUCUAAUUU